AUGGAUGCACAAUAUCCCUUUGCUACAAGAGAAGAUAUCUGGCGAGUACACGAAGAAGUGAAGGACUUGUGCGCUACACAGGCCGAACACUCGGAACGGCUGGCUAAGUUGGAACGUAGGAAGGAAGAUGAUGCUAAGAUGAAAAGUCUCUGGAGUCCAUUCUCACCUAUCCCUUCAAGUGCUAGCCAUGGAAACCAAGAAACUGUGUUUAAUGCAGCUGCUGAACCUUUCAAGGGGUUUGACCAGGCCCAUCAUGGACUGGGAACGCAUAUAAACAUGGAUCACGAGGAUGAACCCAGGCGUGGCGCCUCGAGGGCGAAUAGCGUGCGCUUUGACGAGAGCGCGAUGCAUGGAUAUAAUAGCCAUGGAAACCGCUCUGCGGCCGAGCUUGCGCCAGCCCGUACAGGGAGUGGGAUGGGAGCCCACCCACUCACUGAACGAUCCUAUUCCCAUCGAUCUGAUGGGAGGCAGAGCUCUUCUGGUCAUUCACAUCACUCAGUGCGUACGUAUAGUCUGGAGACUUCUCGGGUUGAGAGUUCCUCCUCAACUACAACUCCUGCCAGCCAACAUCCUUCCUUUGGACCCCCUCCAGGCCUCUUCAUCCUUGGCCCUGUUCCCUGCAUCAUCAGAUGCUGGCUUACAACUAGCUUUUCCAACGAUUCCCUGCUUUACGCCGCAAUCUGUACCGGCUCUUAUUCAUCUGCGGUGUCCUAUCCGUUGAUACAAAAUCUGGGUCUGGAGGACGAUAUCACGGUGGAAGAUGGUGCACGCACCAUUAAACUGCCUGUAUAUUUCCCGGAGGCCAGUGUCUGCCAGUCAUCUUCGCGCAGCUCCAGUCCUGAACCUCAUCUUCCAGCUUUGACCGUUCGAUUCUUCGUCCGUGAAAUAGACCAGGAAGACCAUAAAGCCAUUCCUAUUUUUAUAGGGAGUGAUGUCCUUCGGGUUCAUAAUGCAGAUAUACUCUUUUCUCAAGAUAAGAUGUACGUUGUUGAUGAUGCAAGAAAUAGAAUUUCUAUUCCUCUGGUUCGACCUGAAGACCACGAAUCUUUCCGGUGCCUGGUGACCAUGCCGGAUAAAUCCUUAUCCCAGACUCAAAAAUCCAAACCUACAGAGAAACCCAGUGUUCCAGAAGCCAGCAGUCCUCAUACAGAACAAACAGCCGGCGUCAUCGGUCAUCGACCUAGUCUUAGUCAACGCCAGCCGUCGAAAUCUGCGCUCUCUCUAAGGACGUCUGAGGCUCUGACUGACCACGACAAGGACCGCUCCUCUCGCGCUGUUAGUGACUCGGAGGAUACCAGCUUCGACAUAGUCAAUCCCAAAUCUGCUACCAGUGAGAAAUCGCAAAGUAGGCCGAGUACUAAGAGUGACGAAGGAAGUGGACACUGGGGUUCAUGGAGACGUGACGCAGCUCCCCCUACCUCCACUACCAAGCCAGACCAGCCAGCAUCAUAUGUUGCCGUAUCCCAGCGCCCUGCCGCUAGACGUAAUAUGAAAGUGUUAAAGCCUACCAAGACGCUUACACGAUCCACCACAAGUAACGGCCCAAUCGGCAUGGCCCAGGUUUCUAGUGCUGAUCGCCCGUCCAGUGACGGUACCUUCGCCUCCAGACCAACCAGAUCAACCAGCGGCGAGAACGGAGACGUUCGGAACUCCAUACAUCAUCAUUCAAGCGCUCCAUGGCCUGGGAAGUCCAGACCAAGUAAUAAUCCGAUUGGCGGAGCGUCUGCGUUCGGAUGGCUGAAUACACAACAGAAACCGAACUCCACGACUCACGCUGACUGA